AUGUACCAAUCCCAAAACUUCACAAACAAUGUAUAUUCACUCAUUUCAUUACUCUCAUCAAACCCAUCCUCUUCAUUCUUCUACAACACUUCCAUUAGUAAAUAUCCACCAACAGUUUACGGAUCGUAUUUCUGUCGAGCGGAUCUAAAACCUAAACAAUGCACUAAUUGUAUAUCGGACACAGCCAAAUUCCUCUCAGAUCCACAAUUCUCAAUAACAAACUCAGAUUGUUAUGGAUACGGAUCUUAUCGCGAUUCAAUCCAUUGUAUGCUUCACUUUUCGAAUACAUCUACAUACUCUGUUUAUCAACCAGGACGAAUCCUAUAUUCCGAAUCGAUUGGCGAAAAAGUUGUGGAUUACAAAACGUAUAAUGAGACUUUGUAUGAUACGAUUGAAGGACUUAUUGAAGAAGCUAGGAUAGGGAAUUGGAGUAUACCUAAUUUUGAGACGAGAGUUGUUAAGAUUGAUGGAUCUGAUGAGAAAAUAUAUGCUCUGGUUGAAUGUACACCAGAUAUAUCCGCCAUGAAUUGUAGUAGGUGUUUGAAGGAAUUGAAUUCUGAGAUUCCAAGAUGUUGUAAUGGUACUCAAGGUGGGUAUAUUGCUCAUGGUAAUUGUUUGAUGAAGUAUAAUAAUGAAUCUUUCUUUGGGGCUGCUCACCAUGCUUUUAUGCCCAACUUUUGGCAUUUUGGCAUGGGGUUAAUUACUAUUACUAUGUACUUUCUAUUUGUGUAA